UUAUUAAUUGCACUACGAUUGUUGUGAUGUGAAGCGGGCCGGGGCAUAACCCCUGCGUAUUAAGGCAUCAGGCAUCAGGCAUUUAUAUACCCACCAUGCCUAUAUCGGUUUUCGUGUAUUGCUGGGCCGCUUAGGACAUACCGGACAUGGCCCAUGUAGUAGGAGUAUAUUAUAGGACGUCAUGGCCGUAGCCUUAAGCAUCUUGUAACUCGUUAGUUAGUUGUUACACUCCGGGCGGCGAUACUGUGAGAGGUUGGAGAACCUUUAGGCUAUAGCGAUAGUAUAAUGAUAUUUGAUAACGUCCAGGUUUUUAUUUGAAAUAUUUAAAAAAUGUCCGACAUUGUUAUUUAUUAAAAUUAAGGGUUUAAUAAUUCACAUAUUUUUGUUCAAUAAUAAUUGUAAAUCAUUAUAAUAUUAUAGUUGUAUUUAUUAAUAAGUUAUUGAUUGUCAGGUACCAGUUUUACUAUGAAUCGAAUUGGAUUUUUUUCACACAUAUUUGUCUUCAUUCUUUUAAAAAUUUUGGCUCACGCUAAUCGAAUCAAUGGUGGUUCGCCCCCAGUUGUAUUAUGGCAUGGAAUGGGCGAUAGCUGUUGUAAUCCAUUAAGUCUUGGAAGAAUUAUUGAGUUAUUACAGAAGAACUUGGAAACCGAUACUUAUGUGAAGUCGUUACAAAUUGGAAAAUCUUUUGAACAGGACGUGAAGAACAGUUUUUUCAUGAAUGCUAACCUUCAAGUUAAAGAUGCUUGCAAACAAAUAUCUAUGGAUCCAAAAUUGUCUAGUGGUUAUAAUGCUAUUGGAUUUUCACAAGGAGCCCAAUUUUUGAGAGCGGUUGCACAAAGAUGUCCUAAUCCUCCAAUGUUAAAUCUUAUAUCUAUAGGCGGCCAACAUCAAGGAGUUUUUGGUAUGCCAAGAUGUCUUUAUUCUAGUCACAAAUGGUGCGAAUAUAUAAGAUUAAUUUUGAACAAGGAAGCUUAUGCAAAAUGGGUACAAAAUUCAUUAGUUCAAGCAGAAUAUUGGCAUGAUCCAAUUAAAGAAUCAGAUUAUAUAAAAGGUAGCCAUUUUUUAGCAGACAUCAACAAUGAACGCGUUAUUAAUAAAAAUUAUCGUGAAAAUUUGCUUAAAUUAAAAAACUUUAUCAUGGUUAUGUUUACAAAUGAUACAAUGGUUAUUCCAAAAGAAAGUGAAUGGUUUGCAUUCUACUCACCUGGUCAAGAUAAAGAAAUUAUGCCACUUGAACAGUCUGUAUUUUACCUUACAGACCGACUUGGUUUGAAAGUAUUAGAAGAAAGUGGACGGUUACAUUUCUUGUCAGUUCCUGGUAAUCAUCUUCAGUUUUCUGAAGAAUGGUUUUUGAAUGAAAUUGUUAACAAAUAUCUCAAAGAAUAGCAUACUAAUAUUAUAAUAUUUGGUGUAAAUAGUUAAUCAAUUAUAAAGAAAAUCAGAAUUUUGUAUGAUUUAAUUAUAUUUUGUUAUUGAUAUAGCUUACUAUUGUUAGUAUGUGCAUUUUUUUAAUGUGAUUUUGUAAAUGUUUUUUUAAUUGAGUGUAACAUUUUAUAAUAUUAAAACAAGAAUUUUAUUUUAAAUUCUGAGCAGAGUGAUAUAAUAGUGUUAUAUUUUCAAAAUAUUUUGACGGUUUUUGAACUAAUUAUACUGUAUAUAUUUGUCAUUUUUGAUUUU